AUGAAUAUUGUUUUUCCUUUUAUCCUCUUUCUUUUUUUUUACAUCGAGAAAGCGACAUGUGAAAAUGAGAUAAAAGGCAAACUAUUCUCGGACACUGAAUUAGAGAACAUAGGGGGAAGUGCAGGAGACAUUAUCACAAGUUCCUCAAGAUCACCGGAACCAGUUAAUAGCCACCCUUCAAAUACGAACCUAGCGGGGGAGUUAUUAAAGGAAUUAAAAAUCAUUCCUCCACCAUCCGUUAAACUUAAUGAGACAGAGUUAAUUGACCCUGAUAUCAUCUGUCAAAGGGACUAUAAUACGCCAUGCCCAAAUGAUUAUGACUAUAUCGGUACUGUUCACGAAGAUGACGAUGAGAUAUGCGCACCAUCUUCCACGUAUGAAGGUCCAUGUGUUGGUGAAGAACUCAACAUAAAAAAUAUAUCUGAGAAAACAAAAGAAACAUGGUCUAAAAAUUGUCAAGCAUUUUGGCCCUGCAAAAAAUGUGUCAGAAGUUUCACAUCUUACUGUCCCGAAAAAUGGGAUAAGGUGAAGGGAACCUUGAGAUCGUGCAAACCAUCUUUGCUGUAUCAUGGUCCCUGUAAAUACCAAGUUAAUUUUUCUGGAUAUAAUAUACGAAUGUUAGAAGAGUGGAGUUUAAAAUGUCACGCUUGGUGGGCCUGUGAUCACAUGAAUAUAAUAGACGACUGUCCAGACAGUGAUAUGCCUAUUACACCUGCCGCUACAAGGUGGAGACUGAACAAAUAUUACCAGUGA